CCGCAGGCGUCCCCGGGACUGGUUCUUCCAGGACGCCGGCGCAGCGGCGCGGUGCCUUCUGGGAGUUGUAGUUCGCGGGAAGCGGCGCGCGGGAUGUAGCUGUGCCGGUGCGCAAGCGCAGUCCGCUCGGGCCUGGCGCUCUGGCCCACCCGCGGAGGUCGCCGUGGUCACCUGUGAGGCCUGCUUGUCCGCUCCACCGUGGGACCUGGGGUUACUGGGGUCCGCCUCGGCCGGGUAGGGCCGGAGACUGAGGAGAACCUGACCCGAACCCACCGAGCUCGCGGGGAGCCUCCGAGGCCUUCGAAGGCGGUGCCGGGAGUCGAGGACACUGAUGUGGUCUGGACCCACUGAUGCAUGGUGGCCAGAGCAGGGGCCACAACUUGAGUGACACACACAGGAUCUGAUUCUCUGAAAACCACAAGAUCCAGGGACAAAGGUGUGAAAACAAGGCAGUGACUCAGAAAGCAGAGAUGGAAGGACUGUCGAGCGUGGCCACCCCCCAGGGCCCCGAGGUGGGGGAAUCCCGGGAACAAGAGGGUCGGUUCAAGGACCAGCAGGAGAACCAGAAAAGCUGUUUGAAGCAAGAGGCCGCGGCCCCCGGGGAAGAGCCCGCCAGGGACGGUGUGCAGGAGCGGGGCGAGCUCGGCGGGGUGCCGGGAACCGGCCGGAGUCCUCCCCUGCCCCAAGCCGGCGGCCGGCCACGGAGGCGCGGCGCGCCCAGGAAGAACCCGAAGCGGAAGAGGGCGGGCUCCGGCGAGGAGGAGCGAGGAGGGGGCGGCCCCCGGAAGCCGUGGACGUGCGGGGACUGCGGCAAGGCCUUCAGCUACUGCUCGGCCUUCACCCUGCACCAGAGAACCCACACCGGCGAGAGGCCGUUCGCGUGCGCCGACUGCGGCAAGGCCUUCAGCCAGAGCGUCCACCUGACGCUCCACCGGCGCACGCACACGGGCGAGCGGCCGUACGCCUGCCCCGAGUGCGGCAAGGCCUUCAGCCAGGGCUCCUACCUGGCGUCGCACUGGCGCACGCACACGGGCGAGCGGCCGCACCGCUGCGCCGACUGCGGCAAGGCCUUCGCGCGCCCCACGCACCUGGCGCAGCACCGGCGCGUGCACACGGGCGAGCGGCCGUACGCGUGCGGCCAGUGCGCCAAGGCCUUCCGCAACCGCUCGUCCCUGCUGGAGCACCAGCGCGUGCACACGGGCGAGAAGCCGUACGCGUGCGCGCGCUGCCAGAAGGCCUUCCGCUUCUCCUCGGCGCUCAUCCGCCACCGGCGCACGCACACGGCCGAGCGGCCGUACGCCUGCGGCCAGUGCGCCAAGGCCUUCACGCAGCUAGCGCACCUGGCGCAGCACCGGCGCGUGCACACGGGCGAGAAGCCGUACGCGUGCCCCGAAUGCGGCGCGCCCUUCAGCCAGAGCGCCUCGCUGGCCGAGCACCGGCGCAUCCACACGGGCGAGAAGCCGUACGCGUGCGCGCAGUGCGGCAAGGCCUUCACGCAGGUGUCGCACCUGGCGCAGCACCGCCGCGUGCACACGGGUGAGCGGCCGUACGCGUGCGCCGACUGCGGCCGCGCCUUCAGCAACCGCUCACACCUGGCACAGCACCGCCUCGUGCAUACGGGCGCGCGGCCCUACCGGUGCCCGGAGUGCGGGGCGGCCUUCGGGCACGUGUCGUCCCUCAUCGAGCACCAGAAGAUCCACACGGGCGAGAAGCCCUACCGCUGCGGGGACUGCGGCAAGGCUUUCAGCCAGGGCUCGUCGCUGACGCUGCACCGGCGCACGCACACGGGCGAGCGGCCCUACGCGUGCCCCGAGUGCGGCAAGGCCUUCAGCAACCGCUCCUACCUGAUCCAGCACCACAUCGUGCACACGGGCGAGAAGCCCUACGAGUGCGGCGGCUGCGGCAAGGCCUUCAGCUUCUCCUCCGCGCUCAUUCGGCACCAGCGGACGCACGCCGACGGGAGGCCCUGUCCGCGCGCCCGCUGCGGCCACCCCGCCACCCCGCUGCCGCACCCGACGGGGCCCCCGGGCUCCCCCCGGGAGGAGGAGCCAGGCGGCGGCAGCGACCCCACACAGAGUGCCACAGACCGGCAGAAGGACGAGCUGAUGCCUAACGGGGACCUCUGACCCGGCACCGCGCCCGGCACUGUUCCACCCCCGCUUCCGACCGCUCGGCACCAAGGGGAGGCACCUUCUCCUCCCCGACUCGUCCGUGAGAAAACCGAGGCUCAGGGAGGCCCGGGGACUUGCCCAAGGUCACACAGGGAGGAGGUCACAGGGCCGGGACUGGACUCCGCAUCUGCCGGCCUGCCCCUCCCCACAACACACACAUUCUGCCUCCUGGUUCGGAACUAUAAAUGCGACCCACGAAAGUAGACCCAAAGAAGUGUCUGUGCGUCUCUAGCUAGCCUUUGAAUGGUCGAAGAUUUGAUGAUCACGUAGGCAUUUGUUCAAUAAAUUUAAUCAGAUAAAAGGUUCGGCUCCUUUCAAGUUGGCGUAUUGACUAAGGAAGCGGGGUCUGAAGAAGUGUGGAUCCCUAGGACUGAAACAGUGGUUCCAAAAUUAGAACGAGCCAGAGACAUCCAGAGAAGGAAAAGCUCUAGAAGAGACUUGCCUCUCCCCUGACCUGCAAAGGGUGAGUUUCAGAGUGCACCCCAGCCUUUUUUAGGAUGAGGAAACACUUUCCCCUGCUCCAGCCUUGUGCCCCCCACCCACCCACAAUCAAAAUCCUGACUUUAAUGGUUGUGUCCGUUAGCUGUUGCUGUGUAACGAAGCAUCCAGACCUCAUUUGUCCAUCUAAUAUAUUUCCCAUGGUGGGGGUUUCUGUUGGCCUGGACUAGGCCCAGUUGAUCUUGGCUAGAUUCAGAGGCGCAUCUGUGGUCAGCUGAGGGUUGGAUGGGGGUGGCUGUUCAGGACGGCUCAGCUGGGCCAUCUCUGCUGCCUUCCUCAAGACUCUAAGGGUGUGCACUCAGGACAGUAGCAGGGAUUUGGAGAGAGUGGGCACACAAGCACAGUUUCAAGCCCCUGAUUAUGUCAAGUUUGCGUGUAGACCCACUAGCCAAAGCAAGAGUUACAGCCAAGCCCAUGGGUAGUGUACGAAGGGCCUUUUCAACCAUGUGGUUAGAAGUGUGAAAUGUGAGAAUGAUUAACGCAGUCACCUAUCACCGUGAAAUAAGUUCUAGUCCUACAGCAUGGUCUUUACGAAAUUUUGUUAUGGACAACAUUUGUUUGGUCCACAGUUAACAAAGUGAAAAAAAAUCUUAGCCCUGUCCUCCUCCAUCCCCCCUACCCACCAAGUUCCCCUCCCUAGAGGCAACCAUUCUUGAGUUUCUUGGUAUCUUUCCAACAUAAUCUAUGCAUAUAUAGCAAAUAAUAUGGGUAUUUGCUUAUAUGUAUAAACGUGCUAUAAAGACGUACAGUAUACCUUUCUACACAGAUAGUAGCAUACAACCCACAGCUUCUGUCCUUUUAUUUAUUUUAUAUUUGGAAGCACCGGAUGUUAUCAUUUCACAAAGUUUGGGUGUAAGAUUUCUUAGGUAGAGAAUCACGUAUGUUUGUUUUGAUCUCACUGAUUUGUUCAGGUCCAGGAA